GGCAGACUGAGAAAUCUGCCCUGCUGCCGAAACGGCAAAGUCUAGCUCUGCAAAUUCCCUAUAAAGACAGCACAUCAUUUCUCUCUUGCCCCUUGGCGCUUGUUGAGAAGUCUGAGCCAAGAAACCACUCCGACAUCAGUGAAAUAGCAUUCCCUGCCUAUUGCUCAGCUGAUGCAGCUGCACUGUCCAGCAGUAACUUUAAAAAAAAUGACCCAUUUCAUUGGAAUGUGGAGAAUAUGAAUCCUGGAGUAAGGGGAGACUCGACUCUCUCUGAAAUACUCUGGAAACACAAUCCCCACUCUUUUUUAAAAAAGACGAGUGUUUCCAUCACAGAGAGCACUGGUGCAGAAGUUCAGCUUAACGGUGAAAAGCAGGGAAGUCUGCCUGAGGAGUGGCCGGGAGAUUUACAAAAUGCUAUUGCUGCUGAGUUCCCUGUUACUCGACGUGGUGAGCGGCUCCUCGCUGUCCCCCACUCGGGGAGACGUUUACACCUCCCUUCUCCACAUCCAGGAGGAAAUCGCCGUGGAGAAGGUGCUUGUGCAACAUUUACAAACUUACAUUGAAAAUGAGAUGUACAGAAUGGACGACCUGAAACGAUUUUAUGAAAAAGUAAAGGGACUACAUAGCAAAGCUUACCAGAAACCUGAGAAAGCAAUAUCAAAUCCUUUGUUUGCCUAUACUCUUAUAAAAAGGCUGCAAACUGACUGGCAAAAUAUUGUGUAUAGCAAUGAAGCCAUUGAGAAUAUCCAAGCACUAAAGGACGGUUAUGAGAAAGUCGAGGCGAAACUGCCAAAAGCUGAGGACCUAGAGGGAGCUGCCAAAGGUUUGAUGAGGCUGCAGGAUGUGUACAGCCUAAGCACAGAGGGAUUAGUCAAAGGGGAGUUUCUACAGGUGGCCGGAGAUGAUAUUUCCAUUAUCUACAGGCCAACCCUCUCCAGUGCUCUUUCAGCAGAUGACUGUUUUCAAAUUGGAAAGGUUGCCUAUGAUAUAGGUGAUUACUAUCACUCAGUUAUUUGGCUGGAAGAAGCAGUCACCCUUUUCCGACAAAGUAUUGGAAUUUGGAAUACUGAAGAUCAAGGAAGUCUUGAGGAAGCUCUAGACCAUCUGGCCUUCUCCCAUUAUAUGACAGGAAACGUUAGUUACGCAGUGACUCUAUCUAAAGAACUACUUCAGCUUGAUUCAAGCAAUAGGAGAAUUGCUAGGAACAUACAAAAGUAUGAAAAAAUCUUGCGAUCAUCAUCAGACACUGAGCCAAAGGGAAUUGUACUACAGAGACCAAAUGUGACUCACCUGCUUACGAGAGACACCUAUGAAUCAUUAUGUCAAAGACUAGGCUCACAGCCAAAGCAUUACCAAGAUUCACAGCUUUAUUGUUCCUACGAGACAAACUUUAGUCCACACUUGAUUCUACAGCCAGUGAAACGGGAGAUUAUAAGCCGGAAGCCAUAUGUCGUGCUGUACCACAAGUUUGUCAGUGAUUCCGAAGCAAAGAGGAUAAAGGAAAUUGCUGCUCCUUGGUUGCGGAGAUCAGUAGUGGCCUCUGGAGAGGUCCAGACUGCCGUGGAGUAUCGGAUCAGUAAAAGUGCCUGGCUCAAAGACACUGUGGAUCCAGUGAUCAGAAAGUUGGAUCAACGCAUUGCGCAUCUUACUGGCUUAAAUGUGCAGCAACCAUAUGCAGAGUAUCUCCAAGUAGUCAACUAUGGGAUUGGAGGUCACUAUGAGCCACACUUUGAUCAUGCAACGUCCCCAAACAGUCCGCUAUAUAAACUGAAGUCUGGAAACAGGGUGGCAACAUUCAUGAUAUAUUUGAGUGCAGUGGAAGCUGGAGGAUCUACUGCUUUCAUUUACGCAAACUUUAGUGUUCCUGUUGUCAAGAAUGCAGCCCUGUUUUGGUGGAAUCUCCACAGAAAUGGACAAGGCAAUUCAGACACCCUUCAUGCUGGCUGUCCAGUGCUCAUUGGAGACAAAUGGGUGGCUAACAAGUGGAUUCGAGAACAUGGGCAGGAAUUUCAAAGGAAAUGUGGAGCUGACCCAGAUGAGUAAAUGACUUCUUUGUCACAGGACCUCUUGGAGUACAAGACACUGUGCUGUGCAUUGAGACAGGUAGUGCCAUAUGUUUCUGAAAUAAGGACUGGGAAUCCAAGCUUUGUUUGGACAGUAGUGAGGCAGUAUGGCCUGCAGCCAAAACAUACUUCAGCACUGACCAGGAUCUGAGGAACAGAGCUAAGCAGUUGACCCUCGAAGCCAGGACACAUUGUUACAAACUUCCAUUCAUUGACACUGACUGUGCCUGGGUCAUUGAUUUCUGCUGAAAGAAGUUCAGCAACAACCACUUCCGAAAUCGAAAAGCUGAAUCAAAGACAAGAGGACAAUAAAUUAUUUUCAAAGAAAUGGAGAUGGGAAGAUGUAUUUUAUGAAAUCAAUUCAUUGAAGCAAAUUGUUAUACUGCAACAUCCAAUUUAGGGGAAAAUUUCCUUGGAAAAUUAAAGGAAA